UACCAGUUCUGCCUGUAGCUCUCCGUGCUUCUCCUCUCUCUCUGACAAGUAAAUAAAUAAAAAUCUUUUAAAAAAAUCUUAAAAAAGAAAUCAGAUUUCUUCUCUAAAUUUGGAUUUUGGACUGUCUUGAAAAUGAGUUCUUGUGGCUGGGGGACUUAAUUUUUUUUAACUGUUGCUCCUCCUAUGGUAUACCUGCUCUGGGAAGUUACUCCCAUUAUCACGGCAUUUGAGACAGAUCUUCUCUAAGGAAGCCCAAAGGGAAACAGCUGGGGGAGGUGGGAGCUGAGGAAUGGGCUGGUGCAGGGCCAGGUGGUGGCAGAGCCUUUGGAACACCUGGGGUUUGGGAAUUGGUAUGGCAGCCAACGGCUAGACCUAAGUAGCCUUGCUUCCCUAUUUGGACAGGGUGUGUUUUUUUAAUGUGUGUGUGUGUGCGCGCGCGGUGUCUGUUUGCCAGAACAACAGUGAUUUUUCAGUGUGUCCUUCCCAGAAUUGAGGCAUCCUUUGGACCAGGAAUGCAGGGUGGCCUGGGAAGGGAAAAGAUCUCCCUGCUGAUUCUCUUGCCUGCAGAAAGAAACCCAGACUCCUGAGUUGGACACACAGGGUCUUACUGAUCUGGUCCCAGCUAACCUUUGCAGCUCCGUUCUUGGUCCUUUCAUCUUCUAGGUCUUCAGGCUGUUUCAGUGACCUCACACUCUUGUCCGUGCUGUUUUCUCCACCCGGGAAGCCUUUCCCUAGCCUCCUCACUUGCACCCCUUCAGAGCAGAGCAGAGCUUCUCUAGGGAAGCCGGAAGGGAAACAGCUAUGGCCAAGGAUAUCCUGGGGGAAGCUGGGCUGCACUUUGAUGAGCUGAACAAGCUGCGCGUGUUGGACCCUGAGGUUACCCAGCAGACCAUUGAGCUCAAGGAAGAAUGCAAGGACUUUGUGGACAAAAUUGGCCAGUUUCAGAAAAUAGUUGGCGGUUUAAUUGAGCUUGUUGACCAGCUUGCAAAAGAAGCAGAAAAUGAGAAGAUGAAGGCCAUUGGUGCUCGGAACUUGCUCAAAUCUAUAGCAAAACAGAGAGAAGCCCAACAGCAGCAACUCCAAGCACUAAUAGCGGAAAAGAAAAUGCAGCUUGAAAGGUAUCGGGUUGAAUAUGAAGCUCUGUGUAAAGUAGAAGCAGAACAAAAUGAAUUUAUUGACCAAUUUAUUUUUCAGAAAUGAACUGAAAAU